AUGAAAUAGCCAUAUCAAGGAGCAAAAGCCGCUGAAUAACCCUACUACGUGCACUAUCUGUAAGGUAGAAGUGUAUAAAUAUACCGAGCAUCUGAAUUCCUUGGCUCAUAAGAACCUAGUGAGGAAGUAUGAAAAAGAGUAUUCACAAAUUGACGAGUUAUGAGCAGAACUCGAGUUAGAAAACAAGCCGAAAAUUCAAUCAACACCUAAGAAGGUAAAGAAGAUGAAGGCAAUAAAUUUAAGGAGAGCUCCUAGGAAGGAGACACCUCGUCGUCAUAAUCCGCCGAGGAAACAAUCUGCCAGAAGGAUGGUGAAGAAAAUUAAGGAAGAUCAUAGAAUUCCGCAAUAUAUCCAUGACAGAAUUGUAGUCAUGAAGAUAGAGACUAAGAGUCAACCUUAUAGUAACAAGCUUUGUAACCGUACAACUGGCAUCUUGGAGCAGCUGAAUAGCAAUAGCUUUGAAGCUUCCAAGAAGUGAUAUUCACAUAAUUCCAAUGAGUCUUAUGAUCUCAGAGCAAAACAUGCUAGGCCAUACUCGUACAUUACAAAAAGUAGUAGAACUAAAGCAUGGCAAAAGAAAGAAAAGGCCGCUAAAUCCCACAAAGCUGUCAAAAUUCAAGAAGACGAGAAAAUGACGAGUAGGAUUUCACCAGCUGCACUCUUGAUGAAUCCCUCUCUUAAGUAUAGACAGAAGACUUCACAAGUGACUCCUAUGAGGCGUGAAGCCAGUAGAAGGACUAUAAAGAAGAUUAAAAGGAACAAGAGACUUCGUAAGACGUACUUUGCCAGUAAACUUGCCAAGCAAAACUGCUCUGUCGAUGGCAGAGACUUGAAGAGACCUCGCUUAAAGGAGAGCAAGAUUGAUGAGUACUUCCCAAAGGUCGUAGAAACCCACAAUAGAACUUGCAGUGGCUUGUAUUAGCUCUUGAGGAAAAUUUACAGGAAAAUAGCCAUAAUUAAGCCUAUAUGGGCUUUCAGUCUGU